AUGUUGGAUCUCAAUCUCAACGCUGAUUCCGGUUUCAACAACCACACUCUUCCACUCUCCGCCGCGCAAAUGGAAAGCUCCGGCAGCUUUGAUUCCUCCGUCGUCAACGCCGCCGACACUGAAGAUUCAUGCUCGUACGGCGAAGCCUACGCUUACAACUUCGCAAUACUCAACAACAACGAUACCAUCUCCGGUGAGCUUCAACAUUCUGGCGCCGGAGAGGCUGGUGUGCGGACAAUUCAGCUUUUUCCUGCUAAUGAAUCGGGAAUCUCGCCGUCGGAUGGUAGAAACUGGAUGAGUUUCUCGUCGGAUCAUCACGGUGGCGUGCCGGAGCAGAUGGUUGUUGCUCCACGGCCACAGCAGGUGAAGAAGAGUCGCCGUGGACCGAGGUCGCGGAGUUCGCAGUAUCGCGGCGUUACUUUCUACCGGAGAACGGGAAGAUGGGAAUCGCAUAUUUGGGAUUGUGGAAAACAAGUUUACUUAGGUGGAUUUGACACCGCGCAUGCUGCAGCAAGAGCUUAUGAUCGAGCUGCGAUCAAGUUUCGUGGUGUUGAUGCUGAUAUUAAUUUCAAUGUGAGCGAUUACGAUGAAGAUAUAAAGCAGAUGAGUAACUUUACCAAGGAAGAGUUUGUGCAUAUUCUGCGUAGACAGAGCACUGGUUUCUCGAGGGGAAGCUCCAAAUACAGGGGAGUUACUCUGCAUAAAUGUGGGCGAUGGGAAGCUCGCAUGGGACAGUUUCUUGGGAAGAAGUAUAUAUAUCUUGGUCUAUUCGAUAGUGAGCUAGACGCAGCAAGAGCUUAUGAUAAGGCUGCUAUAAAAUGCAAUGGAAGAGAAGCAGUUACAAAUUUUGAGGCCAGCUCUUACGAAAGAGAGUUAGUUUCCCAGUGUGAUAAUGAAGAUAGCAAGCAGAAUCUUGAUCUGAACUUGGGUAUAGCCCCUCCUGCUAACUCUGAUGUUCCAAUGAUGAACAUGCACCAACAUGGAAGUGGUUUACAAGUUCAGCGUAGUUGGGAUGAUAUGCCUGUUGAUAAGAGUGCUAUGUUUGAGGACUCUGGGUCCAGAUCAAUCAAUACUCAGCCACCUUAUGGCUUCUCCAUAGCUUCUGAGCAUCAACCUUCAUUUUGGAAUGGUACCAAUUACUUUCCCAUGUGUAAGGAAAGAGCACUAGAGAAUACGAUGGAAGCUGGUGGUCCCGUUCCAAAUUGGGCAUGGCAACUCCAAAGUCCUUAUAAUAACGGGUCAACUUUGAUUCCACCUAAUUUCUCUGCUGCAGCAUCAUCAGGAUUCCCUUCAUCAGCCACAAUACCAUCAGCUGCGGAUAGUAGUCAACUUCAUUUUCCAAACAUGGCAUACCUCCACCCUCAUUUUCCUCCUCCAAUGACCAACUCCAGCACCAUACCCCCCUUCUACUGCAGGAGCUGA